AUGGACCCACAAGAAAACCAGAACAUUUCAGAUGAACUUCAGGAGCGAAUUCAAGCUCUGACAGAAGAAAAUUUGCAGCUGCGUGACAAAACUGAACGCCUCUUCACCAAAGUGGGCUACCUGGAGAGCAGACUGGGCCACCUGGCCAGCUCCAACACAGACCUGUCCUGCAGGCUGGUGCAAAGUGAAGAGGACAAACUGAAGAUAUCUAAAGAGCUUGUGGAGGAGAAAAUUCAGACAAACAAGAUGAGAGAGCAGUUUGAAGAGGAGACAUUUGAGCUGAAAAACAAGAUAUUAAACCAAGUCAGUGUAAUAACAGAGCUUGAGAUGGGGCGAGACAACUUAGUUAGGGAACUCCAGUCUGCUGAGGCUCGUCUGAAGGUGGGGGAAAAAAGCGGCCAAGAACUGACAGAGGAGUACACCACACUGAAGAAGAACUAUCUAGCUCUGGCUGAGGCCCGUGAUGUCGAGGUGGCUCAGAGUAAAGAGCUGAGUGCUGAGCUGCUAGCACUGGCCCAGGCCCAGGACGCCCUCCGCAGGCAGCUGGAGGAGCAGCAGCAGAGUGUGGAGACCACCACUCAGGGCCUGCACAGCGAGCUGGACAGGGUGCGGGCCUUGAUCAGCCGCAUGUCACGUUACAGAGUCAAGGUUGAGGAUCUGGCAGCUUUGGACAAGGAGCAAAAAACUAUGGAAAAAACUCUACUUGGAAACCAAGAUGAGAUCAAAGACAUGCUGGAGAAAAUGAAGAACAGCUACGAGGAGCAGCAGAAGAAACUGGAGGAGAGAGUGGUGGUGAUGGGUAAAGAGCAGCAGGAGAACAAGAGAGCAAUCCGUAAGAGCCAACAGGAACUCUAUGAGCAGAGUGCGGCCCUGAUGUGCUCUCAGAGCCAUAUGAAGGAGGUAGAAGAAGAGAACUCAAAGCUGCAGCUUCAGGUCAAAGAGCUGAAUGAGGAAUACCGUGCAAGGCUUGUGUGCUAUUUACAGGACUUAACUGAGUACACUGAUGGAGUUGGAGAAGGUAAAAGCCCUCCAGAGACCUCAAAGAUGAGGACACAUGUGGACAGCAUGCUCCAGGAUGUUCGUUCAUCCUACAGAGUCAGGGAGGAACAGCUCGCAUCUGCUGCUCGCUCGUAUAAGAAGAGACUUCAGAAGGUCACCAAGACCCAUCAUACGCUCCUCAUUGCAUACAGGGUUCAGAGGGAGCAGAUCUUGGCUGAACCAGAGAGCAGUCUUGACCCUGGACCCCCAGAAGCCCACUUCAACCUGGAACCCACUGAGCUCAGAGAUGAAACUGUGAAGGAGCUUCAGCAACUGCGCCAGGACAAAGCGAGGCUGGAGGGUCAUCUGCAGGCGGCCAGGCAGCAGGUGGCUGUCCCCAAAAUGCCGGUCCAGAAUCUAAGCCAUGAGAAGCCGGCAUGUGAGGAAUCCUGGAUGGACAUAAGGAAACAGCUGAGGGAGAUGACGGACUCUACACUGGCUGGCUUUGAGAAGGAGCGCACCCUUCUCAUCACCAGAGCAACGGUUGCAGAGGCGCAGGUGUCAGAAUUGCAGGACUAUAUUGACAACCACCUAGGAAGGUAUAAAGAGGAGAUCUCACAUCUCUGCAGACUGCACAGGACACAGAAGACCGGGCGUUCCCAAAGUGGUGCUGCUCAUACUGGUGGUUUCUCUAUGAAAGGCCCCCAAAGAGAUCUGGCCUUGAGAAAAAAAUGCCUGGAAUGUUUGUAA